CAGUUCCGACCCACAGCCUGGCACCCUUCGGCGAGCGCUGUUUGUUUAGGGCUCGGUGAGUCCAAUCAGGAGCGCAGGCUGCAGUUUUCCGGCAAAGCAGUAAGAGGCGCCUCCUCUCUCCUUUUUAUUCACCAGUCGCACGGCGCGGACCCGGGACUCGCUCUCGUUCGCCGGCGCCCUCGGCCUCUCCGCGCCUGGGAUCACCCUCCGCCGCGGCUCUUCUCCAUUCGCAGCGCCCGCCUGAGGAGCUAGAAGUCAGCUUGGAGAGGCGCCGGAUCGUGGAUGGCCUUGACUGACGGCGGCUGGUGCCUGUCGAAGCGCUUCGGGGCCGCGGCUGUGGACGCGGGCGACUCCGGAGCCUUUCCAACGCGCGAGCCCUCCACGCCGCCUUCCCCCAUCUCCUCCUCGUCCUCCUGCUGCUCCCGCGGCGGGGAACGCGGUCCCGGCGGCGCCAGCAACUGCAGGACGCCGCAGCUCGACACGGAGGCGGCGGCGGGACCCCCGGCCCGCUCGCUGCUGCUCAGUCCCUACGCCUCGCAUCCCUUCGGGCCUCCGCACGGACCUUCGGCGCCCGGGGUCGCCGGCCCCGGGAGCGCCCUGUCGAGCUGGGAGGACAUACUGCUCUUCACUGACCUCGACCAGGCCGCAACCGCCAGCAAGCUGCUGUGGUCCAGCCGCAGCGCCAAGCUGAGCCCCUUCGCACCCGAGCAGCCGGAGGAGAUGUACCAGACCCUCGCCGCCCUCUCCAGCCAGGGGCCGGCCGCUUACGACGGCGCGCCCGGCGGCUUCGUGCACUCAGCGGCCGCGGCGGCAGCAGCUGCCGCGGCGGCCAGCUCCCCGGUCUACGUGCCCACCACCCGCGUAGGGUCCAUGCUGCCCGGCCUGCCGUACCUGCAGGGGGCGGGGAGCGGGCCCGCCAACCACGCGGGCAGCACGGGCGCGCAUCCCGGCUGGCCCCAGGCCUCGGCCGACAGCCCCCCGUACGGCAGCGGAGGCGGCGCGGCGGUCAGCGGGGCCCCGGGACCUGGCAGUGCUGGCUCGGCCGCGGCGCACGUCUCGGCGCGCUUCCCAUACUCGCCUAGCCCUCCCAUGCCCAACGGCGCUGCACGGGAGCCGGGGGCCUACGCGGCGACUGGCGGCGGGAGCUCGGGCGGCGUGAGCGGUGGCGGCGGGAGCCUGGGGGCCAUGGGUGGCCGCGAGCACCAGUACAGCCCGUUGUCAGCUGCGCGGCCGCUGAACGGGACGUACCACCAUCACCACCACCACCACCACCCUAGCCCCUACUCGCCCUACGUGGGUGCGCCGCUGACGCCCGCCUGGACCGCUGGACCCUUCGAGACCCCGGUGCUGCACAGCCUGCAGAGCCGUGCCGGAGCCCCGCUCCCGGUGCCGCGGGGCCCCAGCGCAGACCUGCUAGAGGACCUGCCCGAGAGCCGCGAGUGCGUGAACUGCGGCUCCAUCCAGACGCCGCUAUGGCGGCGGGACGGCACCGGCCACUACCUGUGCAACGCUUGCGGCCUCUACAGCAAGAUGAACGGCCUCAGCCGGCCCCUCAUCAAGCCGCAGAAACGCGUGCCUUCAUCACGGCGACUUGGACUGUCCUGUGCCAAUUGUCACACCACAACCACCACCUUGUGGCGCAGAAAUGCUGAGGGUGAACCCGUAUGCAAUGCCUGUGGACUCUACAUGAAACUCCAUGGGGUGCCUCGACCUCUUGCUAUGAAAAAAGAGGGAAUUCAAACCAGGAAACGAAAACCAAAGAACAUAAAUAAAUCAAAGGCUUGCUCUGGUAAUAGCAAUAAUUCAGUUUCUAUGACUCCAACUUCCACCUCCUCGAACUCAGAUGAUUGCAGCAAAAAUACUUCCCCUACAACGCAACCAACAGCCUCAGGGGCGGGCGCCUCGGUGAUGUCUGGCCCCGGAGAAAAUGCUAACCCCGAGAACAGCGAACUCAAGUAUUCAGGUCAAGAUGGGCUGUACAUAGGAGUCAGCCUGGCCUCCCCGGCGGAAGUUACCUCGUCCGUGAGACAGGAUUCUUGGUGUGCUCUGGCGCUGGCCUGAGCCCUGGACAGGGAAGUUGGGAGAGUGCCCCUCGGGCCUCAAGACUUUUGUAUCAUUUUAUCAAGCAGUCCAAACAGUGGCGAGUGCGCCGGCAGGACAUUCCUCGGCAGCGUUAUUUCCGUGCCUUUAUUUUGAAAGAGAUGUAUUUCCAAAGGGGUUCGCUCUGCCUUAUCAUCCAGCCACUUGUCGGCAAGAGCCACGGAGAGAAGACGGAGUUCUGCAGGGAGACGCCAUUGCACCCUCCUCCUCUUGCUGGGGCCUGGCCCCUCUGGAUUUGCCAGGAGGUUCGAUGCCCGCCGCACCACUUCCAGAGACCGGGACUAGGAACGGCGCCUUUCCUACUAAGGAAUAUUGAGAGAUUUUUAAAAAGUUUUUUGUGUAUUGCCCCAAAUCAUGUUCUUCUUCUGGUCGAUUGUGGUUAUUCCAGAAUUUUCUUCAUGCAUUUUCCACAUCCAUAUUUCACAUGCGUUCAUGGAGAAGAUCGUCCAAGGCCAUCUGGUACACAUCUCUGGAGGCUGAGUUGGUGCAUGAGGUCACUUGUCAAAAAAUUACUCAGUUUGCAAGACUGCGAUGUAACUUUUAACAAACACUGUGACUGAAGUUUCUCAAAGUUCAUAUUGUGUGGCUGAUCUGAAGUCAGUCGGAAUUUGUAAACAGGGUAGCAAACAAGAUAUUUUUCUUCCAUGUAUACAAUAAUUUUUUUAAAAGUGCAAUUUGCGUUGCAGCAAUCAGUGUUAAAUCAUUUGCAUAAGAUUUAACAACAUUUUUUAUAAUGAAUGUAAACAUUUUAACUUAAUGGUACUUAAAUAAUUUAAAAGAAAAAUGUUAACCUAGUCAUUCUUACGCUUCUUUUACAAUUACAUCCCACGUCUAUAUUUCCACUUGUUAAAGAAAAAUAUUUCAAGAACAAAUCUUCUCUCAGGAAAAUUGCCUUUCUCCAUUUGUUAAGAAUUUUUAUACAGAACACCGAUAUCCUCCCCCGCCCUUAUUUUACUGUGGAAUAUGUGCUGGAAAAAUUGCAACAAAACUUUACUACCUAACGGAUAACAUUUGUAAAUACUCUGUGAGAUAUCUAGGGAUCUUUGAACACUAUGAUGAAGUCUAUAUAGUGUGACUAACCCUCAAACAGGUUGGUUUACAUUAAUUUUUUUUUUUAAUGGGAUGUCAUAUGGAAACAUUUCACCAGAGUUUUAAAAAUAAAAGGGUGUUGUUUUCUGUACAGUGAA